UUACGAACACUUUGUUACUGUAAGUGCGGAGAUGACGGUCUCGUCCGGCUUCGUGUGUGUCCUCUGUGCGAUCCUUCUCCCCAAUGUUGCAGCGGAAUACUGCUAUGGAUAUUUGGACAGCAGCGGUGGAUAUCGAAGCGUCGAGGACUGUGGAACUGAGAGCUGCUGUGGGAAGUGCGACGCCAGAUACUGCUGCAGCUCCGUAUACGAAGCCCUCGAUCAGGAGUCCUGCCCGAUGCUUGACUCAGAUAGACCGCCGGUGGGAACAUCGGCAGAGAUUGCGGGCUCUGUGUUGGGAUCCAUUUUAACCUUUGCCGGCAGUAUAAUCCCUAUCAUCUGCUGUGUACUUCUGUGUUGCUGCCUCUGCAAAAAAUGCAGGAAGAGACGCCGAGCAAGCCAGACCGUGGUGCACACGAUCAUUCAGUCGCCGCCAACCAUAUAUCGGCCAGAUUAUCCAGGAUACAACUCGGUACCAGUCCAGCUGGGGUAG